AACUGAAGUGGAAACCAAAAGCUGCAUUUGAAAGUUCUCUGUUUGUUUGACAGUAAAUCAGUGUUUGUGCUCUAAAAUUACCCCAUCAGCAUUCUGAAGUGAAAGUCCGAUCAUAUUCCUCAUUUCUUCUUGUUUGUUCAUUUCAAGCACACCCACAAUAGAAUCACCGACCUCAACCGUGUACUUAAAAUAAGCAUUGCUCCUUGACUCAAGAGCAGCUUCGAACAAUGUUUGUUCUGGGUCUCCUCACCUGUAUCACGCUGAGAGCAUUCAGCACUCAGGCAAAAGUGGUCACAAGCUUUUCUGAGUGUAGCACGUUUUUCUACAAAGGCAAAGCACCAGAAGGAAUGGAUCAGAAUGCCAAGAAAAUAUGUCAGAAAUUGCAGAACAAAUUUUAUUAUGCUACACUCUACUCAGUUUCUCACAGGAUUCCUCUCUACAGCGCCUACAAGCUGGAUUCUACAUGCUCAGACACCGGGAGGAAAGACAUCUGGCAUGUCGAGCCACAGAUUUCAAACCCUCUGUCCCCAACUGAUCACAUGAUCCUUGAGAAAGACUCUGAUGUAAACACCAUUAAAGGAAAUCAAGCCGUGAGCAGUGACUACGCCCUCACCCCAUAUGACCGAGGUCACCUGAACCCCAACAGCUUCCAAUGCGGCGAAGGCCGUACUGCAACAUUUACGCUGACCAACGCGGCACCCAUGGAUCCGUGUUUUAAUCGUGUCCACUGGAGGAACUGGGAGACCACUCUAAAGAGAUUUAUAAUUAGCAAACUUAACCUGGAUGGUCGUUCUGCAACUGCCUACAUUGUAACAGGUACAGUACCGAACGAAAACGUACGUAUACCACAAAAGGAAACUCCUUUGGACUCGGACAGGGUCACAGUGCCCUCUCACAUCUGGACAGCUGUCUGUUAUAAACACAACUUACCUGAGAAGUCUUUCUCCUUUGGCUAUAUAGGACAAAACCAGCCAGAGCAUGGCGUGAGCCUGAUGACUCUCUCUACACUUGAACGUCGUCUUCGUGAGCUGUCAAAUAUGUAUCGGUCACUUAAAAUUUUUGAAGGUUAUUGUUAUCAAAACAAUCUAGAUGAGGAUGAAGUUGAAGAUAAGUUUGAGAAAUUAUUAGAUCCUAUAUUGAACGUUGUGAUGAACUCGGUCACGGAAAACACAUUCAAUGCAAUAACAAAGGCCACCAAAAGAAAAGCUGCAUAUGGAAAGAGAUUCACGGUAACUGAGCUGACAGCAAAAUUAGGCUUUGAUAGUUUGAGCGAUUAUUUCUAUGUGAGAAAAAAGCUGAAGAUUUUUGCCAAAAGUAAUUGUCUUAUUACUAAAGUCAGAAAGUAUAUGACUGAUGGUGUAACAGACCUAAGAAAAAGGGACACAGCUGAGGGAUCAGAUUCUAUCGAGUGCCAGUUGUUUCCAGAUACAGGGGAGAAUGCAGCCGAUGGAUCUCCCUGCUCAAGUCCCUUUUACUCUAGCGAAGGCUAUCUAUGUUUCUCAGAAGGUAAAACUAAACCCUGGUGCUCAUCUCCCUGCCUUUACAAGGAACAAUUAAAUGGCUACAGUUGUUACUCAGGCCAGAAGAUGAUAGAGUGCUCCCCGCCAUACUCCCUCAUCACGGCUAAAGGAGAGAGGUGCUUGAGCGAUCACCCGUGUGCCACGUACGGCUACGACUACUACUGGUGUCGGACUCGGCACGGUUUCAUUAAUGAUGACUGGGAAUACUGCAGCCCUCCGCUGUGGAGGAGUAAGGCUGAAAAUGGGAAGUAUUGCCGCAGUGACCGUGGCUGUGCCAAAUACGAUAAAAGCCAGCCGUGGUGCUACACGGAUGAUGGCAAGAAACAAAAGUGCUGCACUUCUGAUGACUGUCACUCGGCUGUCAAUGACAAAACAUGCAAGCCUGAUCACCCCUGUGGCUACCAUAAUGAAAAAUACCUGUGGUGCUAUACUACCAAUGGAAAAUGGGAUUAUUGUUGCACAUCAUGUGCAUGAUAGUUGGUUUACAAUGUAUCGACCAUUUAUUACUAAUAAGGACUUUGUAGAAUUGAUUAUGUUCAUGGAGAACCCUUACUAACCUAGAAUCUUAGUAAUAUAAAAAUAAAUACUCUGAUAUGUGCUUCUGAAAUUAACAGCAGUUUAUGACAGUUUUACUGUGACAGUUCCAGUUCCUUUUUUACACUUGUCUGUUUAACGCUACCGUCACGGGUCGAUCUGUAGUCAUUGAGCGGCUAGUCAGCCUGAAAAGGAUGAUGAGAAGAAAAGCCCUUUGAAUUAUUUGAACUAUCCACCAUAUUAUUUAACACUAAGGUAAACAAUGUGAUGUACUUCCUUUUUGCCUUAGACUUCCGUUUUAGUAGCCGGCCGAUGGAAAACAAAGGAAGCGGUGUCGCGGCAGCAUGCUCAAAACUCCAAUAAAACAGAUCUGGUGAAUAUUUUUUUACUAACGCGAUGUAGCCUUCAUACAAGGACGGGAGGAUGUAGUGGCCUGAUAUAUCAUAUGAAUUCUUUGGUCUUCGUACAACUACAAAAGUACAUAGAGCAGUACCAGUAACGUACAUGAACAGUGGGAAAGUUGGUCUAAAUUUGUACAUGACACAAACCACAAAUUCGUGUAUUUAAAAGCAGAUGUGAAUCGCAGUCAAAGUGGAGCAAACAUUCCUGGAUCCUCACAAUUAAUAACGGAAAAAUGGAGACGGCUGGUUGCUCUUAUAUCGCUGUUCUCAACCGAGAAGGAUCCAUAACAAACUUUCUAAAAAGAUACUAACCAAUAAACUGUCUGUUUUUAUGACUAUUCAAUAAAAAUGAUUUCAUGUU